AUGUACAGCACUCUCUUCAUAUUGGAUGACGAUAGUGACACCCAGAUUGUUCAGCUGACAACGCUUGCCAGCACUUUCCCCGCGAUCCGAGCUUGCAUUUUCGACGUGGAUGGGCUUCUCAUUGACUCGGAAGAUAUAAUCACCCAGUCCACGAACCAACUUCUCGACAAGUAUGGCAGGCCUCCCUUUACCUCGUCGAUUCGCGCCCAGCUUAUGGGAGUCCCAGACUCCACCAAUGGCGACCUGUUCCACAGCUGGGCCAAAUUGCCCAUCUCUCGCGAACAAUUCGCUCAUGAAUUGAAACAACAAUUGCGGCUGGACUUUCCACGAUCCAAACCGCUGCCUGGGGCGAGAGAGCUUGUGUCUCGCCUCAGCCUUGCACAGAGCGCAAACGGGGACAGCAUUGUGCUUGCAAUGGCCUCCAGCACCAAGACUCAGAGUUACGAGCUAAAAGCAUCGAGCCCAGAAGUGAAACAAGUGUUAGGCUUCUUCCAUCCUGAUAAGCGCAUCCUGGGAGAUGACGCGAGAUUGCGACAAGGUCGAGGAAAGCCGGCACCCGACAUCUACUUGCUCGCUUUGCAAUUGGUCAAUUCGACAGAGAAAUGCGGCGGAAAGGCGAUCAAGCCCGAGGAGUGUCUGGUUUUGGAAGAUAGCGUAGCGGGGGUAGAGGCAGGAAGACGGGCCGGCAUGAGGGUUGUUUGGGUACCACAUCCAGACGUGGCGGUUGAAUAUCAAGCAAGGCAAAAGGAAGUGUUGGCUGGAAGAACUGGAACGUUUGACAUUGGAGACGACUGGCAGCCAGGGGCAAUUGACGAUGGCUGGGCUGAAUGUAUACCAAGUCUGCAGCACUUCAAUUACGACAAGUAUGGAAUAAUCAUACCGCCCUAG